AUGAAAUCUCGAUUAACUCCGAUUAAAGAACUCAUUCCAGAGAUUCGUAGAUAUGCUGCUGGUCAAAUAGGAGGUGGGGAGACGAUUAGGUGCUUAAGGGAUACUUUGGCACAGCGUGGCUUGAAAUUUCCAAAACGAAACAUUCCAUAUCGCCAUCAGAAAGUCAUAAGAGAAAGAAAUAAGAAUGAAUUUGAACAAGAAAGAGAGUCAUUGCGUGAACAAGGGAUUAUUAUCAAGAGAUCUAGAGAUAAGAAAGAAGAUAUGAAGAGAAAAAGACGAGCUGCUUUUUGA